AUGUACACAGUGAACGUUAGAACACAACUUGUGUAUUCAUUCACCAGUCUUGCUCUCGCAGAACACAUCACGAGUAGUGACAUUAAUGGCCGCGCAGGAUUCUCCACAACGACCUCCUUAGCCCUCUGUUUAGCCAACUCGCUGAUCCACUGUAACCUUCACCUCCCAGACCACGACGAGCCCACCACCACCACCACCACCACCACCGCUACCCUUGAUCACGGCGGGGGAGGAGGGUCUUCUGACGGCCUCUUCUCCAUCCGUCAUCAGGCCGCCGAGUACAUCAAAUGGGGGAGACAGGGCCAUUUUUUCGUUUCCCCGGCGCCCAGCGCUUCGGACAGAGGCAUCCAGGCUGCAUUGCAGAUCUGGGAAGAAGGCCUGCAGCGAGGCUGGCUGACAGCCGAGAUAUUGGAGGCUGUCAGAUCUGCUCAGCUUCUGGGGCAGGCCGCGCCUCCUUAUACCUCGGUGGUGUGGGUGCUUCCCGUUGCGCUGCUGUUCUGGCGCGAUACGGCAAGGGCGGUGGAGCUAGCGCGGGCCGCUGCGGAUGUGCUUGUGCCCACCGCCAGGGACCUGGCUGGGUGGUAUGUGUUUGCCGUGACGACGGUGCUGUGGAACUGGGCUGCGAAGAGCGACGUUAGGCUCGAGAAGCGUUGGAUGCGUGUAAAGAUUGAGGACGAGUAUCGACGGCUGAAGCUGGAUGGGGUAAGAGGGGCCGAGGACGUCCAUCGAGGGGUCGAGAUAUAUAUGGAAACGGACACGUUUGGUGAGGGGCUGGGUGUUGCAAGACGAUCAUGCAAUCCUCAGGUGGUGGCAAUGGCGUAUGCGGGGAUUGCGGGUGUCUGGUAUGGGGCUACAGUGCGGGAGGUUGUGGAUGGUCGGGCUUUUGUGGGAUAUGGUGUUGUGGAGGAGGUUGCUGGGGCGAUUGGGACGUUGGCAAAGGAGAUGGAGAAGAGAGAUGACGAUGAGACGCAGAUGCUUGCUUCUAGUAUUCCGCUGGACGAUGAGUACGAUGGAAUGAUUUAG